AUGUGGAGAGGUAUGAAAAAAACUUCAGAUGAUAAACGUGCUAUACGUGUUAAAGAAGCAAUUGGAAUAUUGCAAAGAGAGAGAAAAUAUACUAGCCUUGGCUAUAUUGGAUCAGGCUCCUUUGGACAAGUGUUCAGAAUGAUAGAGCCCUUAAGUAAAUCUGAGCUGGCAGUAAAGAUUGUGCCUUACGAGAUGGUGUCAAAAGCCGAAUCUGAGUUGUGGAAAAAUCUGAGCCAUCCCAACUUAGUCUCCUUGAUAGGUAUGCACAAAUUAGAGAGACAAAAAACUUUUGUCUUCUUGAUGCCAGUGUAUCCAACCACAUUGCUUGGCGCCAUUCAAGACUUGAUUCCAUGCAAGGGAGCUUACAAUAUCGUGAAGACUUGGCUGAAAGAUGUGCUCCAAGGAUUGGACUAUCUUCAUUCUAAUGGAGCUUGCCAUCUUGAUAUUAAACUGGACAACGUUCUCAUAUCAGAUGAAAAUUCGGCACUCCUGUGCGAUUUCACAUUCUUGAGGGAGUCUAAAAAACCUCUCCAUAAACACCAAAUUGGCAUGCCACUGGUAUACCAACCACCUGAAGUUGUCUUGUCCAAAGGGAGUGAAAACCUUGAUGGAACUAGAAUAGAUAUGUGGGCAUUCGGUUGUCUGGCGAUGGAAAUACUUAGUUGUUUCGCCAUUACAAAUACGGCAUCCAUUGGCGAGAGAAAAGAAAUGUAUACUACUGUAUUUAACCUGUUAGAG